CCGACGGAGCCCCAGCGACUGGACCUGGAGCUCCCGGAGGCGAACCUCGACCUGACGAUGACGUUCAACUCGAUCCUGAAGGGGCCCGAUCCCCCCGAAGACGCACACGAGUACAAGCGGGCGAGCAACGUGAUGAAGCUGGCGGAGCAGAACGAGAAGCUGAAGGCGGAGCUGCGCGCGAUGACGGAGCGGCUGGAGGCGGCGGAGCGCAGGCAGAAGGACCUGGAGGCGCGACGGUCGGCGGAGGGCGCGGGGGGCGCGCACUGAUGCGUCGCGCCUUGGGAUUUGGCGGAGCGGACGUCAGCUCAGGCGGAAGGGUGCGCUCUCAGGUUGGCUGGCGAUUGACUGAAGGGGAUAGGCGGGAUGGAACAACAUUUGUCGGACGGAGCAUCUGAGACUGGCGAGCUGCAUGCGCGCGCGUAGGGGCUGCGCGAUGAUGAUUUGUGUACUUGUAUGGAUGAUGAUACCAGGAUGCCGCGCGCGAGCGGCGGCUGUUGCUCCGUCGGGGCGUUCACAUUGUCGAUUUGG